AUGGGCUCCCAUCGCUAUCCAGUUUUGGGACCCUCGAUCCCAACGAGCGCAGCAAAAGCCUCAACAACAAUACGGAUAUUGAAACCGGGCAUCGUGAUGGGAGCCGUGGUGCUGCUGAUAAUCGCUUCGGUGUCUGGCAUGUUUAUCGGGAUUGGGAUAUUGGGAGGGAGACAUGUUAUAGGGGUAAAGAUUGCCCACGGAUUUGUGUCAAGUCUCGGUAUUGUAUACGUGCUGCUUCAUUUCAUAGCAGCAUGCCGCAACGAGCCUGUAGGGAUUGUGAGGCCGCCGCAGCUGAAACUUCAUGCUGCGUGCUUUAUUAUCGCCAAACUUGGGUUGGCGCUAUGGGUCAUGGCCAUGAUCGCUUCCAGUGCUGUGGCGUCGAGACCGAAUGUCUGCAGGAAUGGUGGAAGGGAUUGUAAAACGAUGUUGAUCGAGGUGGUGAUGUCCAGUUUGGCAUUCAUCGCAACAGGAACUAUCCUGGCAGCACUCGAAGCAUGUCCAUAUCCAUUCCAACCACUAGAAGUCUUCCACGUCGCGAGAAAGGUUUCUGUUCGACUUAGCUCGUUCGACAAGGACUUUAUAGAACGCAGCGCCUCAGAUGUCUCUUCUUUCGGUCAAGAGAAUGCUUAUGCGACGGAGAAGAAAGACCCAACUAGAGUCAAAGAGAGCAUCAGACGAAAGCCGCUGCCGAUCACACCAUCAGUGGGAUCAGAGAUGUCUGAUAUAUCCGAACUUCAGCGACCUAUCACUCCCCUCUUACCCAUGCGAGGAAUGAGGAGGACGAAAAGCUGGGGUCAGGAGUGGGCCCACCUUGUCAAAGAUACUAGUAGCAAAGGCUUGACACAUUCUGAUUCUGCGGUCUCGGGACUAUCAACAUCAUCGUCUGGUUACAUGAGUUCUGACAGUUCAGAGCUUUCAGUUUCCAAGCGUGAGAGGCAGCCAAAAGCCGUGACUCCAAGCAGUAGCAUCAGUAAUCUCUCCAAGAGAUCGCCGCUAGCCACCAUGAGAUCCGCAGACUAUCCCGAUGUCGUAGUCCGUCCGUCCUUGCGAUACUGCCCACCGAAUAUUCCAGGGCCACACGAAUGGAGCCCAUUGCGGACAGCGUCUUUGGGUCAACUACUCCCAGUGGCUGAUGUGCACUCGCUACAGCGAAGAUCGAUGUCAAUGGGAGGGCAGCAACUUCAGAUGAUUCGCGGACGUAGUGGGACUUUGCCAACAUUUGCACAUCAACAACAGAGGCCUCCAUUGACUGCCCGACGAUCGUGCGAUAUCAAGGUUCCCGGGGCAUAUAUCGACUUCUGUCUGUGUCUUGAGCUCGAACAAAAGUUGGAACACGUGAAUAAGAUUGAAGUCAUGUCGCUUGCGCAGAGCGAGAGAGACCCUGUGAAGCGGAAGCCAGAGGAAGUCAAAGUAAUGAAUUCCAAGUUGACAUAUGGAGAGAAGAGAUCCGUUGUUCCCUUUCCUCAGACAAGGAUAGGGCAGGAUAUCUCCCGACCGCAUGCCGCCAAGGUAAGUACAGGAAAAGAAAACCUUGCGAGGGAUGAACGCUUCAAACGACUGAGUUUGGGCGCCAUGACAACUGAAUUUGACAACAAGAUGUUCGAUGGAUGUGUAUUAGGUUGA